GAUGGAUUUAUAUCCAUGCCGGAUUGUUUGUCAAAGAUUUUUUAAAUGAAAUUUUCAACUAAUGAUUUAAUUGAUAUUAACCAUGGACAUUGAAAUGGCCGAUAAAUCUACCGUCAAAAAAUCUGAUCAAAAUGACCGUGAUUUCUUCUAUAUUCGUGUGCCAAAUGAUGAUGAAUCUGAUUUGUCCGAAAAUGAUGAUGAAAAUGAUGAAAAAAAUCAAAUAAUUGACGAAGAAAAAGAAAUUGAUUUCGAUGCACUUCUUGAACAAUUGAAUAUAAAAUAUGCGAAAAUUCGUGAUGAUAUAUCAAUAUUAGUUGAUAAGAAAAAUGUUACCAAAGGUAAUUGGAAUCCUGAAAAACGAGUAGUACAAAUCGUCGGUAAAGAUUACCUGAAACAAUACACUCCAAAUGCUAAAUGUUUAACGCCAUUCGAAGCAUUAUUUCUGCUCGAAUGUCGAUCAUUAGCCAUUUAUUAUCUAGAUAUUUUAUUGAGCAUUGAAGAUGCUUAUGAAUUAUUGCUUCAUGAUAAUCGUGAAGUUAAACUUUAUAAAAUUUUCUCUACAUUAUCUCGAAUUGGGUUCUAUGUUCAACAAAUUGUUUCGAAACCUUUAGAAAUUCCCAAAAUUGACAUUGAGAAAGAGCAGCAAUCAAAAAGCAUCAAAAGAACUGUGAUGGAUGAUAAUGAUAAUGAUCAAAAUCAGAUUGAUUCCAAAAAAAUCAAUACAUCAAAUAAUGAAAAUUCAAACGAUAACUAUGCAAUCAUUACCAGUAUUCAGCCGUUGAAAAUGGAAAAUAUACCAAAAUUGAAUAAAAUGGACAAAGAAUUGAUACAGCAUUUUAAAUCAAAAGAUGGGUCUGAUGAAGAAUUAUCACCAUCGACAAAUUCAUAUUUAUAUUGUGUAAAAAAAGCAGCAAGACCUGCGAAUCUAUCACAAUUAGUUCGACCAUUGUAUAGUCAAAAACAUAAGCCAUUGAUACCACUUGGUUCUAUUUUGGAUACCGAAAGUCUUUUCCAAUCAAUUCAACAACAAGCGCCACUCUGUUUUGAUAAUCUUGGAUCCAAAUGUCCUGUUUCCAUGUUAAAUAUUGAUUUUAACAUUUAUCAAUCUCAAGCAAAUAAAAAACAAAACCAUAAACCAUUAUUUUCUGUUAUUGUUGUCGAUGAAAAUCAACCUACACCAUCGAUUGAAGAAAUAUAUCAUUUUCGUGAGCUUAUUAUUCAAAAUGGUCCGAUUCUUUUUGCGGUCCUCGCUCAAUUUACAUUUAAUUUUUAUAGUUUUGAAACAUUGAUGGCAAAAAAUAAAUUUCCACGUCUAUGGGAACAAUUCUAUCAUCAUAAAGGUGGGCGGCGUUGAUUUCAUACAUUGUUAUUGUAUAAUUUAAAACCUAAGCAAACAAUAAGUACACAUGCAUUAUUUUUUGUUUUUGUAUCGAUUUCAUUUAUUUUAAAAGUCAAUAAAAA